UGUUGCAUUAGGAAAUGUAAUCUCCAAAGACGGAUCAAAGAUGAAGGAAACCAAUAAGAGUAUUCUUCCUGCCGAAUCCAAAGAAGUUACCAAGAAAAUGUCAGAAGUUAAGAAGCAAGAACAUCAGCGCUGUAUUUCUGGUUUGGUUGGAAAUUGCAGCUUUAAGAAUUCAAAGUCUGAUGCUAAUAAACAGGAAAAAGAGACUGAAGCUGUCAAUCUUGAUAUGAAGUCAUUGUCCCUUGAAGAAUUUCCACAGGACACUGGACCUAAAUUAGCUGAAGGAAGGGAACCCAAAUCCAAAUCCAAAUCCAAAACGCACGGAAAGAUCAAUCCUACAGAAGAUGAUGGUUCUCUUAUCCAGGGUGAAAAGGCUUUAGCUUCAGCUGAUAAAUCUUCGGGUUCAGAGAAGCAGAAAGAUCCUGAAGUGACCAGUUUCUUGCUUUGCAACCGGGUCAGAGUUUACACCUAUGUUCCAGAAAUAGCUAAUCUUCCCAAAGGGGUUACUGUGCUGCAAGUUUGUGAGAACAAAUGGGUUGCUGUUAGCCUGGAUUUCCCAAACGAGAAAGGCAACUAAUGAAGUAAUGGUGAAUUUAUAUUGUGUAACUUAUAUUUUUAUCUGGGAAUCAGUUAGAUCUUAGAUAUUCUUUCUUUAACAGACAUCUGAUUGAAAAAAGACAUUGAGACUUGUUUGUAACGUUUAAUGAAGGACCAGGUGUGAACCUUAUUUUCUCUGA